ACAGUAGCCGCAGCCAUGCGUGAGAUCGUGCACAUCCAAGCCGGCCAGUGCGGGAACCAGAUCGGAGCCAAGUUCUGGGAGGUCAUCAGCGACGAGCACGGCAUCGACCCUACCGGCAGCUACCACGGAGACAGCGAUCUGCAGCUGGAGAGGAUCAACGUCUACUACAAUGAAGCGGCUGGUAACAAGUACGUUCCUCGUGCCAUCCUUGUUGACCUGGAACCUGGCACAAUGGACUCAGUCAGGUCUGGACCUUUUGGCCAGAUCUUUCGUCCGGACAACUUUGUCUUUGGCCAGAGUGGUGCUGGAAACAACUGGGCCAAGGGCCACUACACAGAGGGGGCAGAGCUGGUGGAUUCUGUGCUGGAUGUGGUAAGGAAGGAGUCAGAGAGCUGCGACUGCUUGCAGGGCUUCCAGCUGACCCACUCACUGGGCGGAGGCACCGGUUCAGGGAUGGGCACGCUCCUCAUCAGCAAGAUCAGGGAGGAGUAUCCCGACAGGAUCAUGAACACGUUCAGCGUCAUGCCCUCUCCUAAGGUCUCGGACACAGUGGUGGAGCCAUACAAUGCCACCCUCUCCGUCCACCAACUGGUGGAGAACACGGAUGAAACCUAUUCAAUUGACAAUGAGGCUCUGUACGACAUCUGCUUCCGCACUCUGAAACUCACAACGCCCACCUACGGGGACCUCAACCACUUGGUCUCUGCCACCAUGAGCGGAGUGACCACCUGUCUCCGGUUCCCGGGGCAGCUGAACGCCGACCUUCGCAAGCUGGCGGUCAACAUGGUGCCUUUCCCCCGCCUGCACUUCUUCAUGCCCGGCUUUGCUCCGCUGACCAGCCGCGGCAGCCAGCAGUACCGCGCCCUGACGGUGCCGGAGCUGACCCAGCAGAUGUUCGAUUCGAAAAACAUGAUGGCGGCCUGCGAUCCACGCCACGGGCGCUACCUGACGGUGGCGGCCAUCUUCCGGGGCAGGAUGUCCAUGAAGGAGGUGGACGAGCAGAUGCUGAAUGUGCAGAACAAGAACAGCAGCUACUUUGUCGAGUGGAUCCCCAACAACGUCAAGACGGCCGUGUGCGACAUUCCCCCGCGAGGCCUCAAAAUGUCUGCCACCUUCAUUGGCAACAGCACCGCCAUCCAGGAGCUCUUCAAGCGCAUCUCCGAGCAGUUCACGGCCAUGUUCCGGCGCAAGGCCUUCUUGCACUGGUACACCGGCGAGGGCAUGGACGAGAUGGAGUUCACGGAGGCCGAGAGCAACAUGAACGACCUGGUGUCCGAAUACCAGCAGUACCAAGAUGCCACGGCUGAUGAGCAGGGGGAGUUCGAGGAGGAAGGCGAGGAGGACGAGGCGUAGGGCUUAGGGAGUGGUUAGCACAGUGAGGCAAGUCCUGGGGUGAAGUCUGUUCGGCCGUCCUGAUGCAUGCUUUUUCAGUUAAACUUGGUGCUUUUUACUGUUGCCUCUGUCAGCAGUUUUGUUACUUCACUCUUUAUGUAACCUAAAUCUUUGUAUUUUAACAGGCAAAUAUGUGAUUUAGGGAGAACCUUUACAUGGAAAUAGAACAAUUAAGAUAAUAAAAGUGGAACGAUAUGAUGGUAGUGCACCUGUAGUCCAGAAGGAACUGGGAAAUAUUGAAAUUUUAAGAAUAUGCUGCCUUCUGUAACUAGUCCCUUCAGCUUUUUCAGUGCUGAAAUUGUCAAUCAACAUCACUGAGGCAUUAAGUUUUAUUGCAGAGAGAUUUUAAUAGUUUAUAAGAGGGUGACCUCUUAGCUUCCUCACCGAAAGACAAAUUUUGUGGCUGAACUAAGUUGGCCAUAUUGAAAAGGUACAUAUAUAUUAGUUUGGUAUCUCCAUUAGGGAGCAAGCCAACUCCCCCCCCAUAUAAUGAAUAGCUUUUGUACAUGUAAAAGAACAACACUAUAAAGAUUUGCACAGAUGUUUUGUUUGCGCUCUUUCCCUUCACCUUGCUUGUGUUCUCUCAAUGCAUAGCAUAGAAGCGUUUUUCAUUUGCAAUUGGAGUGGUGUGCUCAGUGUUCAGCACUUUAUCUGUAAUAAACUGUUCGAUGGGGUUCCUUAAAGUAUGUGUGAACAAGUACAUCAUGGAAAAAGUUUUCUUAUGGGUGGGGCGCUUGCCACUGGGUUGCACAACAGAGGAUUUAUCUCUUUCUGAUGCAGUAGUCUUGUGAUGUCAAACUUGAAAGUCAUUGAUCUGGUUUUUACAAUCACCAUAACCCAUGGUAGUUUCUUGUUAUGUGCAAAUUGGGCUGUGCAUAUACAAAAUCAUGUCUGUCAUCAGGAAAACUGAGAAUAGCUUACUGCUUUAAGAGAAUGAAAAGGACUUGGUGUGAGGGUGGGUUGCAGCAGCUAACAGAGCAGGCAUGGAUUCUGAUGGCCACAACAGAGCAUGCUUUUUUGGUGUCAGUGUAUCAUUUUGCCAUUCUUUUAUGCACUGUGUAAACUCAUCAAGGAUGUCUGCCAUGAAAUCAAAAUGCACAAUGGCUUUUGUGUGGUGUUAAUGUGGAGGACUCUAUAAAAAGGCAUGUCUUCUGAGUUAGGACUUCUGUUUGUGUUUUCUUCAAAAUGGAUCUUGGCAAUAAAAGUAUUUAUUGAAA